UCUGUCUCUGAGUAUUGAAGUCGCUAACAUGGGUAUGACUGUUGUCAUUAUAAUAGGAUAUCUGCUUAUUUACUCCGUGUUUGGUAGUCAUGACUCCCGGUAUGAGGCUGGUAGCUCUGAGAAGAUACUUGCUAGAGACGAGGUUCAGCUUCGUGGUCUCUGUGGGGCAUGUAAGUGGAUUGUGAAAAAAGUGAGGAAAGCUCUUCCUGAAGAUGCUGACCAGGUGGAGAUCAGAGAGCAGCUGGAGACGGUGUGUAACAAAAUAGGCCUCCUAAAGUCCAUUUGCAAGAAGUUUGUGAAGAAAUACAUGGCCAAACUGGUGGCGGAAAUCUCUUCUGCAGAUGAUGCAAAAACUGCAUGUGUCCACCUAAAAGCCUGCAAGUGA